AUGUCUGGCUGGGGCUGGGGCAACCUUUUCGGCGGUACCGCCACCGCGAAGAAGGAUGCGCCCAAGAACGCCAUCUUACGCUUGAGGAGUACCUUGGAAAUGCUGUCGAAGAGAGAGAAGCACCUUCAGAAUCAGAUGGACGAGCAAGACGCGAUAGCGAGGAAGAAUGUGAGCGCGAAUAAAGCCAUUGCCAAAGCUGCACUUCGAAGGAAGAAGGCGUUCGAACAUCAGCUAGAGCAGACCAGUGCCCAAAUGAUGACAGUAGAGCGAGAGAUCUCAUCGAUCGAGACGGCGAACAUCAACAAGGAGACACUCGACGCCAUGAAGGGCGCGCAGCAAGCCAUGAAGAAGAUCCACGGCGACCUAUCAAUUGAGAAGGUCGAUCAAACUAUGGAAGAUCUCAGGGAGCAACAUGCGAUCGGGGAGGAGAUUGCGGAUGCGCUUACACAGGGCAAUUCCAUGCAAGGCGUAGACGAGGACGAGCUAGACGAAGAGCUUGCAGAGCUCCAACAAGAGGAGCUGGACAACAAAAUGCUCAAGACUGGAACAGUGCCAGUAUCCGACCAGAUACAGCGACUACCGAACCAGCCGGUGGGAGAGCCACAAAGCAAACAUGCAGUCGAAGACGACGAGGAAGAAGAGUUACGGAAGCUGCAAGCCGAAAUGGCCAUGUAA